AUGGAAAUAGCUGUAUUGGCAUGUGUAUUGUGUGAUCCGUCAUCGUUACUGUCUGAUAUUCCUGUAUCAAAACCUAAUGAGGGACUUUCAACAGCCUCAGACACUUUAGCUAAAGAAGGGGAGGCAAUCAGCUUGGAUGGUCUAAGCGUUGAACAGUUGAAGCAAGCACGGGAACAUGCUGAAAAACGACAGUUUGAAGCUGAGAUCUUCCUUAGAGAAUUAAUAUCAAAUGCAUCAGACGCUCUGGAUAAGAUUCGCGUUCUUUCGCUUACUAACAAUGAAGUUCCUGAUGAGUCUGACGAAAUGAGAAUCCGAAUAAAAGCCAAUAAAGAUGCACGAACACUUCAUAUAAUAGACACAGGCAUAGGCAUGACAGAAGCUGAACUUACCUCUAACUUGGGAACCAUUGCUAAGUCUGGAACAUCUGAGUUCUUGACUAAGAUCUCUCAAAGUAAUACGGCCACAGAAAAGUCUGACCUUAUUGGCCAGUUUGGUGUUGGGUUCUACUCCUCUUUCUUAGUUGCAAACAAAGUUUUGGUUGUAUCCAAGAGUGAUAAUGAUGACCAGCAUAUCUGGGAGUCCAAUUCCACUUCAUUCGUAGUUUACAAAGACCCACGUGGAAACACCCUUAAACGUGGGACUGAAAUUGUCCUUUACUUAACGGAGGAGGCAGAAGAUUAUUUACAAUCCGAAACUCUUAAAGAAGUUGUGAAAAAAUACAGUCAGUUCAUCGAUUUCCCCAUUUAUGUAUGGUCGAGUCGAGUGGAAUCGCAGGCUGCUGAACCCGAAGAAAAGGAGUCAAAAACAGCUGAUUCUGAAGCUAGCGUUGAAGAAGAAAGUGGAAAAAAAAGUGAAAGCAAGACCGUAGACAAAGUCGUCUGGGACUGGGUACGUGUAAAUGCAAAUAAACCUAUUUGGAAACGCAAACCGGCCGACGUUACUGAUGCGGAGUACAAUGAUUUAUUCCGUGCCUAUUCAAAUGAUAAUGACGAUCCUCUCGCCAAGAUUCAUUUCAGUGGUGAGGGAAAUGUGUUAUUUAGUUCAAUACUGUAUAUACCAAAACAUCUUCCCUCCAACAUAUUCCAGAUGCACAGUACUCAUAGUGAUAGGAUCAAGUUGUACGUUCGUCGUGUAUACAUUUCUGACGCAGCCGAUGAUCUGCUUCCUAAAUACUUGGCAUUCGUUUUUGGUAUAGUGGAUAGUGACGAACUUCCUCUAAAUGUUUCUCGUGAAAUGCUGCAGCAAAACAAACUCCUUAAAUUGAUAAAGAUAAGGUUGGUCAAGAAAGUUCUCCAGAUGAUUAGCGAACUUUCUGAAUCUCAGUUUAAAAAUUUCUGGAAGGAAUACUCUGUGAACAUAAAACUUGGUAUAAUUGACGAUCUUCCAAAUCGCACUAAGUUAUCCAAGUUCCUACGGUUUUGGACUUCAAACAGCACUGAAAACCAAUCAAGUCUUGCAGAUUAUGUUUCACGCAUGAAAAAUGGUCAGGAAGAUAUAUACUAUCUUACCGCAUCUUCAAUAACUGAGGCGAAGUCAUCUCCAUUUGUAGAAAGGCUAAUCAAGAAAGGCUAUGAAGUCAUUUAUAUGAUCGAUCCUGUUGACGAGUACAUGCUUCAGUCGCUAACUGAAUAUGAUAAGAAAAAGUUACGAAAUGUGGCAAAGGGAACGAUCGAAAUCGACAAAUCGGAAGAAGCAAAGACUCGUAAAGAAGAACUAGAAAAAGAAUUCAAACCUCUCUUGGAAUGGUUUAAGGAAAAUUUGAAAGAAUAUGUCGAUAAGACUGCCUUGUCAGAAAGAUUAUUGAAUACUCCAUGUGCUCUUGUCGCUAAUGAAUUCGGUUGGUCCGGAAAUAUGGAGCGCAUUAUGACUGCACAAGCAUAUCAAAGGGGUGGAGAUCCAUCAUCUACUUAUUACUCUACUAUGAAAAAGGUCUUUGAAAUUAACCCACGCCAUCCAGUAAUGAAAAAGUUAAACGUUCUUAUAAAGACCUAUAAAGAUGAUCCUACAAUAAGUCAUACUGCGAAUUUGCUCUUCGAUGUUGCGGUCCUUCGUUCAGGUUUUUCUGUUAAGAACCCUGUUGCUUUCGCAGAACGAGUUGAAUCUGUUGUAAAGAAAAGUUUAGAUAUUGAUCAAAGCGAGUUGCUGGACGAAGAACCUGAGACUGAUGAGGAGUCUGUAACGGAUGAAGUGAAUAAAGAGUCGAUUUCAAAUGAAGAUUCAACGAACGAAAAGUCAGAAGCAUCUUCGCAAAUUGAUGAAAAUCAACCAAGUUCACCAAAGGAUGAGCUUUGA